AUGGAGUGCGCCAACCAACUAUCCUUCGCGACAUGGCGCCUGCGCCUAUUCCAGCAACUGGCCGCGCCGCAUAGACAUCAUAUACGAACUCACCACUCCUCUCGCUGCAUCUCAACCUCGACCGCGCGGCGAAACGAUUCCACCGAUUCGCUCCCUCCCUCUAAGCGACUCCCCCAAUCUCCUCUCCUCACACACCCCCUCAACAAAUCUCAGCGCCCCUCCAAACUACGCCCAGACCGAGAAUACUACAAGCAGGCCUUUGAUGAACUCAACAAGAACCCCUGGGCCCUCGCCCUAGCCUCCCCGCCACGCCUAUGCUCCAUAACGGGCGCAAGACUCCCGCGCGACCUGCUGGGGGAAUGGGGUCUAGUUAAAGAGCCCGAGACAGAGCAGUUAUACCUCCUGCCGGUGGGAUUGCUCAAGGACUCGCUUGACAAUGACCCCCAAUCCCGUCCAGCAUCAUCGUCUUCAACCCGCCAGCUGGUUCUCCGCAUCCUGGAUUUCAUGCCGUUACUGAAAGCCCUGGGUGGUCCAUGGGUGAAGGUAGGCCGAGGCAAGAAACUAGUUCUUCCGCGUAUCUUGCCCUACCGGUGGAGGCAUCCACAGGGACCGAUCACGUCGCGUGAGGAGAAUCUCAUGGCCUGGAGGGAUGAUGCGGCGGAGUUUACACUGCACCAUAUGAGGAGGGAAGUGGUCAAGAGUCUCGACAAGGCUUGUAACAAGUUUAAACGGUUGGAUGGACCAGGAGCUGUGUGGAGAGUUCUCGAACUGCGGGAUUUGUCGAAUAUUGCGCUUCAGGAGGCGUUGGGACCACUCGAGCCCGUUCAUCGUAUGGCAUGUGGCGCAGUCCUGAUUUGCUCUUCCCAGGGAGCGGAGAAUGAAACGCAGGAGUCUUUUAUGGGCUCUGUCUCCCUCCCACAGACUCAGUCUAGAGUCCCUGUCUUCGAUCUAUCGGUGCUUCUCUCCGAAACCGAGCUGCAGACACUCCGGGACUCGCAUCCCCAUUUCCAUCAUGCGGCGCUCUUUUUCAGACCCCGAGACGAGGUGUCCAAUCAGGCAUUGCUGUCUCUGUGGAAAAUCAAGCGGUUUCUAGCAGUCGAAGAUGAGCCUGACAGCCUCGCAGAAGCAUAG